CCUUGUUCAAGUCACAGAACUCAGAACUUCAAAUUAUUCACAAACAAAAAUGGAUCAGUUCUCUCAAUCAGUUCUUACACUAGUCUCAAUCCUUGUCGUAAUUUCUACCAUCUUCUACUUCAAAUUUCAGUCCAAAUCUUCAUCAAAAUUACCACCAGGCCCAUGGGGCGUCCCGAUCCUCGGCUAUCUCCCGUUCAUCGGCUCCGAUAUGAAUAAGUUGUCCCAACUCGCGAGCAAAUACGGCCAAAUAUACAAACUCCAACUCGGCAAUAAACUUUGCGUCGUUGUCAAUUCUCCGGCCCUCGUGAAAGAGGUUGUCCGAGAUCACGACAUCGUUUUCGCAAACCGGUCUGUGCCUGUCGCGGCCUUUGUCGCCACCUACGGCGCAAAGGAUAUUGUUUGGUCGGCUAAUAACCCCGAGUGGCGAGCAUUGCGGAAAGUAUUCGUCCGGGAGAUGAUGAGCAAUAGAAGCCUCGAGCAAACUUACUCUCUCCGCAAGAACGAGGUGAGGAAAUCCAUUCGACAAAUAUACGAGAAUGGAAAGACAGCCGUGGAAAUUAGUAUGUUAGCAUUUCAAACCGAGAUAAAUGUAAUAACCAAAUUGUUGUGGGGCGGAUUGCUUCGAGGGGCAGACGAGGAAGUAAUUGGAAACAAGUUUCGCGAGAUCCUUCCUAAGGUUAUUGAUGUGUUUGGAAAACCAAACAUUUCAGACUACUAUCCAUUUCUUGCAAGAUUCGACAUUCAAGGAAUAAAAAGAGAGACGGAGAGGUAUAUGGUACAUUUGGAUAAGAUUGUUAUCGAAGUUGUUGAAAGUUAUAAGAAGAAGUUUUCGAGAGGUGUUGUGGAAGAAGGGAAGAGAGACUUUCUUCAAAUCUUGUUCGAGUUAAAGGCCGAUGACGAAGAUUUGAUAACCGACACACAACUCAAAGCCUUGUUGUUGGACAUCGUUGCAGCAGCAACCGACACAUCAACAACUUCAAUAGAGUGGGCAAUGGCGGAGCUAAUCAACAGCCCUACGGCGAUGGCAAAGGCGCAAAAGGAGUUAUCCGAGGUUGUGGGAUUAGACAACAUUGUCGAAGAACACCACUUGCCCAAACUAAAGUACUUAGACGCCGUUUUUAAAGAAACAUUACGCCUACAUCCCGUAGUACCCUUUUUGAUGCCGAGGUCUACAUCCGAGUCUUCCAUUGUUGGGGGAUACACCAUCCCUAAGGGCACCAUGGUUUUCAUAAAUCUUCCUUACAUCCAAAAGGAUCCUCGUUUUUGGAACAGUCCGCAGGAGUUUAAACCCGAGAGAUUUCUUGGCACGGAAUUUGAUUUUACUGGUAAUAGUUUUCAUUAUCUUCCAUUUGGAUCAGGGAGACGGAUGUGCGCUGGCCUACCCUUGGCGGAGAGAAUGCUAAUGUACUUUCUAGCUUCACUUUUGCAUUCUUUCGACUGGAAAUCGCCGAAUGAUCAGAAACUUGAUAUGUCGGAGGCGUUCGGGAUAAUGUUGAGGAAGAGUGUUCCCCUUGCUGCCAUCCCUAUUCCUAGGUUGUCCGGUUCGAACUUAUAUACGUAAAAUGUUUGUCAUUUUUCGAAUAAACUACUUGCAAUUUCCUUUAUGUACCCAUGUUUGCAACUAUAAGAAAUAUAAUAAGUUUUGCUUA